GUGGGCGUGGAUUAAAAUAACCAAAUCUUUAUAAAUGAGAAGCUCCGAAAGUGUGCUCAAGCGACACAGAACAAACUCAUCAAAUAUCCAGAGAAGGACAAGAUCAAUUACUUUAAUACAUCAAAUUCAGACCACAUAAUCCAACCGAAAUGGAGACCAUGCACGAAAUCAUCCCUUUCGCCAAGGAGAUGCUGGCGCAAAAGCCUAGCCGCCGUAUGCUGAAGGUGUACCUUGUGGGCACCGUGGUGGCCUUCUUGGGCAUGGUUCUGGGUCUGGUGGAAACCGUGUGCCAGUCCUUCUCCUCCGGAGAGCCGCUGGACGCAGAGCUCGUUCAGUUGAGGGCUCGGGAGCAGAGGGCACUCGAGACGGAGGAGAGGAGACAUGAGGAGGUGGCAACAGUUUCGGCCGCAGAGCAGAUCACCAUACCCAGGAAGCUACAGCAGGCCACGGGAGCGCAUAGAAGCGCAGGUGCAGCCAACCGACUGCACGCCUCGUAGAAAUCGUCACUGGGCCAGCGCCAAAACGCUGUUAACCUACACAAUUAUUAAGGAACUGUAUAGUCCUUGCCACGCCAAAUACGGUGCGCUACAUACGCACUCGAAAAAGCUUCACAAGAGGAAUCGCACUGGGCACAGAGGUCAAUUCAACGUCUAUUCCACGACAUGGAAACAACGUUGAUUCAACCAAUGUGUGCCCAGUGGAAGGAUUGGCAACCUCAAACAGUCAACAGAAAAACGAGUUGACUGUCUGUUGAGCUGCGCUUUGCUGCGCUGCUUUGGGUAGCCUAAAUUGACGCGUCAGUUGGAGGCUCCAAGCUGAAAUUUGAGUCCCGGGUCGAAAUAGCCGGCGAAAGAGCAGCUGUCCGACUCUCACUAUCAGACAAUGAGAUAUAGGGCGUUGACUGCACAGCCCCGGACCUGCUAUCUCAUUCUCCACUCCAUCCAUGGUGCCAAAUGUGUUACAUUUAGAUUUUUUGUGUGUGCUAUGUCAAUGCUGUAAAUAUAUUAAUGUUUUUCCUACUCAAUAAAUUCAUAUUUUUAUUUA